AAGAAGAUGACUUCCACCAAGAAACUGCCAUCGAGUCCAAAUACUGAGCAAACUCAGCCUCCUCAUCUGCUUCCCUGUGUAAAUCCUGGCAAUCCAGUGUUUUCCUGUAUGAUGGACCCCAAAACACUCAUGACCAAUGGUUCUUUGACAAAGCCUCAGGUUUUGCUGUUUAAAACAACUUCAAGUGAAUAUGGUGCUAUACCACCUGUCUCACAGAUGGUACCCCGUACGUAUCACCCAGUGGAUCAAUCCUUUUCUAAACACUUACUCACUUGUGGGCCAUUUCAAGACAGUUAUUUAAACACUGCCAUUGAUAGAAGUAGGGUAUAUGACCACCCCAAUUUACAGCAUACUCUGUAG